AUGAAGAUUUACGCCUCGCUUCUCGCGGUUGCCGGUCUCGCGACCGCGCUCGAGAUCCCCAAGCACACGUACAAGUGCGUCGACGGCGUCUGCGUCCAGUCGCCGAUUGCGGAGCGCGGCGUCACCCCCGGCGCCCUCGGCCUCCGCAUGUGCGAAAUGACGUGCGGUGCCGGUAGCCUCUGGCCGUACCCGUCGACCAUCUCGCUCGGGUCGGCGGUCCAGGCCAUCAACCUCAACCGCGUCUCGGUGCAGAUCAACGGCGCCGAGUCAGCGUCGCGUCUCACGGGUGCGAUCGGCAAGGCGUUCACCGACGCGGUGCUGGCCAAGGGCCGCACGGCCGGCGCGUCGACCGAGUCGUUUGGCCGCGGCGAAGGGCUCGUCAUCACGGCGACGAUCGCGUCGUCGACGGAGGCGCUCUCGACCGAGACGGACGAGUCUUACGAGCUCUCGAUCGAUGGGCCCAAGGUCAAGAUCAACGCGGCGACGGUGUAUGGCUACCGCCACGCGCUCACGACGCUCAACCAGUUGAUUGACUACGACGACAUUUCCGACUCGGUCAAGAUCGUCAACAAGGUGAGCAUUCAGGACAAGCCAGCGUACAGCCACCGCGGUAUCGUGCUCGACACGGCGCGCAACUACUACUCGAUCGAGUCGCUCCGCCGCCUCAUCGAUACGAUGGCGGCCAACAAGCUCAACACGUUUCACUGGCACUUUUCGGACUCGUCGAGCUUCCCGUUUGAGCUCAAGAGCGAGCCGCGCCUGACGACGUACGGCGCGUACAGCCGUGACCAGAUCUACACGCUAGACCAGAUCCGGGAGCUGGUGCAGUUUGCCAAGUCGCGCGGCGUGCGCAUCAUCCCGGAGCUCGACGCGCCGUCGCACGCUGGUGCCGGCUGGCAGUGGGGACCCAAGGCGGGCUACGGCGAGCUCACGCUCUGCUAUGGUUCGGACCCGUGGAUGGACUAUUGCCUCGAGCCGCCGUGCGGCCAGCUCAACCCGCUCAACGCGCACGUCUACGACAUUUUGAAGGCGGUCUUUGCCGAGCUGCACAGCCUCUUUGACGACGAUGUCUUCCACAUGGGCGGUGACGAGGUCUCGGUGCCGUGCUGGAACUCGACCAAGACGAUCACGGACCACAUCAAGGACACGAGCACGAACGCGCCGUUCUUUGAGCUCUGGGGCGACUUCCAGCUCAAGGCGGGCGAGUACAUUGAGAAGGCCAACAAGAAGAUCAUGGUGUGGACCAGCGACCUCACGACGGACGCGUACCUCAAGUACUUCAAGCCCAAGAACACGAUCGUGCAGCUCUGGGGUGGCUCGACGGACGGCGACGCCGCGCGCCUCACGUCCAAGGGGUUCUCGGUAGUCGCGAGCUACUACGACGCCUACUACCUGGACUGCGGUUUCGGCGGCUGGGUCUCCAAGGGCAAUGGCUGGUGCGCGCCGUACAAGUCGUGGCAGGUGAUUUACGACCUCGACGUGCGGGCCAACCUGACGGAAGCCAGCGCGAAACUCAUGCUUGGCUCCGAGGUCGCCAUGUGGUCCGAAAUCGCCGACGAACGCGCUGUGGAAGCCAAGAUCUGGCCCCGCGCCGCGGCGCUCGCCGAGCGUCUCUGGACCAACCCCAAGACCAACUGGAAGAACGCGAUGAGCCGCAUGCGCAUCCAGCGUGAUCGCAUUGCGGACGCCGGCAUCGGCACGGACGCUGUGCACCCGCACUGGUGCCGCCAGAACCCGGGCAAGUGCACGCUCGUCUAA